UGAUAGGGAUUUAAUAACCGCUCCCUUCGCCGGCUACUCGCUCUUAUUUGCUGGUAUCGCUGUUGGUGACUGGCGGCUCGUCGAGACCGGCUUCUUCCUAACAGAGAAUUCGCGGAAAUCGUAAUUCGAGAAAUCCAACAUGCCUUCCUACAAGUUGACUUACUUCCCCAUCACGGCAUUGGCCGAGCCGAUUCGCUUCCUCCUCAGUUAUGCCGGCAUCGAUUUCGAGGACGAUCGCUUCAACCGAGAGGACUGGCCGAAGAUUAAGGAGACCAUGCCGUUCGGCCAGGUGCCCGUUCUCGAAGUCGACGGAAAGAAGAUCAACCAAUCCAUGGCUAUCAGCCGUUACUUGGCGAAGAAGUGCGGCCUCGCCGGCAAAGAUGAUUGGGAGGCUCUGGAAAUCGACGCCACCGUCGACACGAUAAACGAUUUGCGUCAAAAGAUUGGGAUUUAUUCCUACGAGAGUCACGAGGAGGCUAAGGCGGCGAAGCAUAAGAUAGUCAAGGAACAGGUGCAGUACUACUUGGAACGUCUGGACGCUCAAGUACAAAAGAACGGCGGUUAUUUCAUCGGUGGCUCCCUCAGUUGGGCCGAUCUCGUCUUCGUCGGCCUGUUGGACUAUAUGAACCACAUGAUGGACAAUCAGGAGAUCAUCGAGAAGUACGAUAACUUGAAGCAGCUGAAUCAGAAGGUUUUGGAAGUGCCGGCUAUCAAGAGCUGGAUCGAGAAGCGUCCGCAGGUCACCUGGUACCCUGCUCGACACUGUGCGGUCCGACGGCGAGCGGAAUGGUCGUCCCUCUCGAUAGCGAGCGAGCGAAACGGCCAAAAUAUCGAGACGAGUCCCGAGGAGAGGCGAGCUUCGGGCUGCGAGGGAUUGUAUAUUGAGCCGUGUCAGGGGCUCGUAAAGUUGUUCGUGGAAACUGCUUCCGGCGAGGAGCUAGAUCGGACUGUGCGGGAUCGGCCGGAAGCAGUAUCGAGGAAGAACGAGAAAAUGCCGACGUACAAGUUAACGUAUUUCAAUUUGACCGCCCUCGGGGAACCGAUCAGAUAUAUGCUUCAUUAUUGCGACAUCCCUUUCGAGGAUAUUCGAAUUGAAAUCGACGACUGGUUGAAGCACAAAGCAGAUAUGCCCCUGGGUCAAGUACCUAUUUUGGAGAUCGACGGCAAGGUAUAUCAUCAGUCCAGAGCUAUUUCUCGCUAUCUCGCCAAAAAGAACAACCUCUACAGUUCGGACGAGUUCGAGGCAAUGGAGAUCGACGCCAUGGUCGAUUCCAUAGACGAUCUUAGACACGCUGUAGCCACUUUUUACUGGAACAAAGACCCCGUCUUCAAGGAGAAAUUGAAGGAGAUCGCUUUUGAAAAAUUACCAUUCUACCUCGACAAGUUCGAGGAGCAAGUUAAGAAAAAUGACGGUCACUUCGUCCGCGGCAAGCUGUCGUGGGCAGACUUCGUGUUCGCUGCGUACAGCGGAUACCUGAACGUGCUCCUGGGGGAAGAUAUGAACAAGGAUCACCCGGAAUUGAAGAAACUUGUGGAGAAAGUGAACGCCCUUCCCAACGUUAAAGCUUAUCUCGAGAAGCGUCCCAAGACAAUGGCGUAAAUCACUAAUUCAACUGAUAACUGAUCUACAAUUUUGUGCUCGUCUCGAUUUCGCCUCGAUUUCGAAUCAAGCACAAAAUUGUAGAUCAGUUAUCAAUUAUCGAGCACUUUGCGUUUCUUCUGCUUUUAAUUCAUUGUCAUGUACGGCUCUUUGCGAACUUUCCUCGUCAUGAUGUCCUACACAAGAAGACGCCGAUGUAUAAAACUAACAGUUUGAUAUAUAUUAUUAUUGCUAUACAACAAAUAUAAAAAUCACCGAACAUC